CCGGAGCAGCAUUUAAACUUACAGCCAGCUAGUUGACGCUGUUGGUCAAACGAAGAGCCAAGUACACAGCGGCGGUGGGAAAAACUCAUUUAUUACCUUUUGUUUUGUUUUUGCAACACUAUUCAAGUAUAUUUAGUUAAAUCGAUUGAUUAUUGGGUAUCGUACGCUACAUUUGAGCUAAUUUGGGGCACCUGAAUUGGUUAGUUUUGAUUUGAAUUCAAGUGGUUUUGCUCGGAAGGGUGGAUGAUUGGCUAGCUAGCCUGUCUCAAAGUGAGAUAUAUAUAUAUAUAUAUUCGAUUUAUUUUAUUUUUUAAAUUAUAUAUUUUUUUCUUAGAUAUUUUUCAACUUGUAUCUUUUUUUCUGUAUUUUUUUUUGUUUUCGUUAAACCUUUAGAGCACUUUUUAUAAUUUUUUAAUAAUAAUAUAUAAAGUAUGAGUGCGCCGGUCGCCAAGGCGGUGAAUCCGUCGACAAACGUCGACCCCAAAUCGGCGCCUCUCAAAGACAUCCCUGAUAUUCUCCUCGAUCCCCGGACACUGAAGAAAUACAGCCGGGGACGAUUCCUCGGGAAAGGAGGCUUUGCCAAAUGCUACGAAAUCACAGAUAUGGAAACCAAAGAGGUUUUCGCCGGUAAAGUCGUCCCCAAAUCCAUGAUAGUCAAACCUCACCAGAGGGAGAAGAUGAGCUCUGAAAUCUCCAUUCAUAAGAGUCUCGACAAUCCGCACAUUGUGGGAUUUCACGGCUUUUUCGAGGACGACGACUUCGUGUUUGUUGUGUUGGAAAUUUGCAGGCGACGGUCUCUGUUGGAGCUGCAUAAGCGUCGUAAGGCUGUAACGGAGCCGGAGGCUCGGUAUUAUAUGAUGCAGCUGGUUAAAGGCUGUCAGUACCUCCACAACAACAGAGUGAUACACAGAGACCUGAAACUAGGAAACAUCUUCCUCAGCGACGACAUGGAUGUCAAGAUAGGUGACUUUGGCCUUGCCACUAAGAUAGAGUUUGAUGGGGAACGUAAGAAGACGCUGUGUGGAACACCGAACUACAUCGCCCCGGAGGUUCUCUGUAAGAAAGGACACAGCUUCGAGGUCGACGUCUGGUCUCUGGGCUGUAUCCUGUACACUCUGCUGGUUGGCAAACCUCCAUUUGAGACGUCUUGUCUGAAGGAGACCUACAACCGCAUCAAAAAGAACAACUACACCAUCCCCUGGCAAAUCAACCCUGUGGCGGCGUCUCUGAUCAAGCGGAUGCUGCAUGCCGACCCGUCCCAGCGGCCCACCGUCUCCCAGCUGCAGACCGAUGAGUUCUUCACCGAGGGGUACAUCCCCCUGCGUCUCCCCACCACCUGCCUCACCGUGCCCCCACGCUUCUCCAUCGCUCCCUCCUCUCUGGAGCCCAGCCAGAGACGCCCGCUCACCGCUCUCAACAACAAGGCAGGGACAGAGAAGGUGGAACAGAAAGAUGAGCCACUGCUCAGAGAGAUUCCCGAGGCCACAGACUGCCACCUGAGUGACCUGCUGCAGCAACUCGACACCUGCAACGCUGCCAAGCCCUCGGAGAGAGGACUCAUACGCAUGGAGGAGGCAGAGGACCCAGCCUGUGUCCCCAUCUUCUGGAUCAGCAAGUGGGUCGACUACAGCGACAAAUACGGACUGGGCUAUCAGCUGUGUGACAACAGCGUGGGGGUGUUGUUUAACGACUGUACCAGGAUGAUCAUGUACGCUGACGGAGACAGUCUUCAGUACAUCGACAAGAUGGCUGCUGAGAGCUACCUCAGUGUCCGCUCCUACCCUGCUACGCUAUCCAAGAAGAUCACGUUGUUGAAGUACUUCCGUAACUACAUGUCGGAGCACCUUCUGAAGGCGGGCGCCAACAUCACGCCUCGUGACGGAGACGAGCUGGCCCGUCUGCCGUACCUCAGCCACUGGUUCAGAACCAAGUCGGCCAUCGUCCUCCACCUCACCAACGGCACCGUGCAGAUCAACUUCUUCCAGGACCACACCAAGUUGAUCCUGUGUCCUCUGAUGGGUGCUGUGUCCUUCAUCGACGAGAAGAGAGACUUCCGGACCUAUAAGAUGUCUCUGAUCGAGGAGUUUGGCUGCUGUAAGGAGCUGGCCAGCAGGAUGCGAUACGCCCGACUGAUGGUGGCCAAACUACUGUCCUGCAAGUCCUCCACGCCUCACUGACCAACCACCUCCUCGCUCUGGCCCCGCAGCCAAUCACAGCCCAGGGUGGUGGGCAAGGUGUUUACCCCCCCCCCCCUGACUAUAAUCCACUUCCUGCUGUCUGCUGGCCAAUCAGUGCCUGAGGGGUGCUCAGGGUUGUCACAAUAAGCCAGUCAGACAGCUGGAUCUACCAACGGUCUCUAAUGUUGAAACAACGUCUUUAUAGUCACACCAAGUGGUCAGUCCCCUUAUCUGUCUCUCUGGUCUGUGUUUGUCUGAAUUAACAGCCUGUCUGUAAUCCACUACCCUGUCUGGUCUGUAGUUCGCCAGGUGAGGUGUGUAACGGACCGUGCUGACAGACUAUCAUGUUUGUGCUUCUGCCUGUUUUACCUGUUUUUACAUGUGGUUUUCAACAUGAAGCGUUCCUCUUGUACAGAACUGUCAUUAAACACGUUUUAAAAGGUGAAUAUUCUUCCACAUUUAAUAAAGUCUUGAAAGAG